UAAUUAACUUUAUCUAACCGCGCAAGUUAAUUCCUUACUCCAAUUUUCCGUCACUUUCCCGAGAAAAUGGACAAUUCCCCCCAAGAAUCCCAUCUCCGAUCCGAAAACUGCGUAACCUAUGAGUCCCCUUACCCUGUAUACGCCAUGGCCUUCUCUCCAACCCCUCACUCUCACUCUCACCCACAACGCCUCGCCGUUGGAAGCUUCAUUGAGGAAUACACAAACCGCGUCGAUAUCCUCUCCUUCAACCCCGACACACUUUCCAUCGGAGCUCAACCUUCUCUCUCCUUCGACCACCCUUACCCACCGACGAAGCUCAUGUUCCACCCCGCCGCACAUUCUUCCCUCCGGAAAACCUCCGCCGACCUCCUCGCCACCUCCGGCGACUACCUCCGUCUCUGGGAGGUUCGCGAAAACUCCGUCGAGGCCAUUUCCCUCUUCAACAACAGCAAGAGCAGCGAGUUCUGCGCCCCAUUGACCUCCUUCGACUGGAACGACAUCGAACCGAAAAGAAUCGGAACAUCAAGCAUUGACACCACGUGCACCAUCUGGGACAUUGAAAAGGGUGUCGUUGAAACGCAGCUUAUUGCACAUGAUAAGGAGGUUUUCGACAUAGCUUGGGGUGAAGCAAGGGUUUUUGCGUCGGUUUCCGCUGAUGGGUCUGUUAGGAUCUUCGAUCUGAGGGACAAGGAGCAUUCCACCAUUAUCUAUGAGAGUCCACAACCUGAUACCCCUUUGCUUCGUUUGGCUUGGAACAAGCGGGACUUGAGGUACAUGGCUACUAUUUUGAUGGAUAGUGGUAAAGUUGUGAUUUUGGAUAUUAGGUCACCCACCACUCCGGUGGCGGAAUUGGAGAGGCAUCGUGGUUGUGUGAAUGCAAUUGCUUGGGCUCCUCAUAGUUCAAGGCAUAUUUGUUCUGCUGGGGAUGAUACACAGGCUCUUAUUUGGGAGUUGCCAACGGUGGCUGCUCCAACUGGGAUUGAACCCUUGUCCAUGUAUUCUGCUGGUUUUGAAAUUAACCAGUUGCAGUGGUCUCUGGCUCAGCCUGAUUGGAUUGCUAUUGCUUUUGCUAACAAGAUGCAGCUUUUGAAGGUUUGAGUUUGAGAUAUCUUUGUAUUGGUUAGGAAGCUCAUAAACACUUUGCUUGAUGCGACCUCAACAUGUAUGACUAAAGAGUAGUUUGCUUUAUAGAAAUAGAUCUUAAAGGAUGUUUAUGUAUUUAAAAAAUUGCUGAAGGUCUCUGUGUCCUCCACGUCAAGGUUAUAAAUCUCUGAAUUCCUGGUAGGCAAUAUUCUGGAAUAUAAUUGUUCAUCCUGAGAUUCUGGUACGGGGCAAAGUAACUGCAUUGGCUACCUAAUUCUAAUGUUGAUACUCAUUUUCUUCGAGUUGUGAUAACCUUAAAUUAAGGUAAAAUACA